CCUCGUGCCCUCUUCUCCGUUUCUCCAGACAAGUCAUACAACCACGUGUCAAGAUCUUUGCUCUGCUCUGCUUAGAGAUGAGGAGGCGCGGAAGCUGUUCGACGAUAUGCCUGAAUGACAAUUUUCGUAGGCAAAACAAGGAUUUACGGUUUCGGAUUGUCAGAAUCCCUGUAAAGGCUGAUAGUAAUUCGAGAAACGGCAGCUUCUUCCAGCGUUCUAUCUCUCUCGUUCUCUUACUCUGGUGUUUCCUCUUUCUGGUAUACUCCAAGCUUGGCCAUAGCCAUAAUCAUGGAGAUAGAAUUGGGAACUACACUGAUGGAUCACUCACGAAGGACCUAAAUUCGACGAGUUCUGGUGAUUCUGUCUCUCCGGCAACUGGGAAAGAAGACAACUAUUGUCUUCUGAGAAACGGACAGUUAAAAGAUGUGUAUGAGCAUGUUCUUGGGAACAACGCUUUGUUGAUCUGCAAAGUUGUGCUACAAGAAGGAAGAAAAACGCACAAGACCCUAGAAGACAAAAGCCUCACAGUAAAUGGCUCUGGCGUGCCAACACAGCGUGUGAAUAUGACCCAUUAUAGGUUAGAACCAGAUGGAACUGGGUAUAACUACGCUUCUGCCAUGAAGGGCGCAAAAGUAGUGGACCACAACAAGGAAGCAAAAGGAGCUAGCAAUGUGCUUGGCAAAGAUCACGAUAAGUAUCUGAGAAACCCGUGUUCAGUGUCAAAUAAGUAUGUCGUGAUUGAACUCGCGGAAGAGACGCUGGUUGACACGGUGAGAAUUGCAAAUUUUGAGCAUUACUCUUCGAAUCUCAAAGAGUUUAGCUUGUCAGGGAGUCUGAGUUACCCAACCGAGCUGUGGUCUCCCGCUGGGAGUUUUGUUGCUGCAAAUGUUAAACAGAUCCAGACAUUCCGGCUCCCUGAACCUAAAUGGUUGAGAUAUCUUAAACUCAACUUAAUUAGUCACUACGGCUCUGAGUUUUACUGUACUCUGAGUGUUGUGGAGGUCUUUGGCAUUGAUGCUCUUGAGCAAAUGCUUGAAGAUCUGUUUGUUGGAUCAGAGACUCUUCCCAGUAAACCAGCUAUGCUGGAACUAAAUCAUGAAGUAAAAACCGCAGAUGAAAAACAAGAUGGGGAAAUCAAAAACAAUAGGACAGAUCAGAUUGGAAAGGAAACUGAAGUUCAGAAGAAGAAAGAUGAUGUUGUGAAGACGAUUAAUAUCAUUGGAGACAAGAAAUAUGAAGUUAGGGAAAAGCAUAACAUUUUGAAGUUGUUGAUGCAGAAAGUGAAAUUGAUUGAGAUGAAUUUAUCAGUUCUUGAGGACUCUGUAAAAGAAAUAAACGAGAAGCAACCAGAGGUUAGCUUGGAGAUGAAGAGAACCCUUAUGCUUGUGGAGAAAAGCAAAGCUGAAAUCAGAGAGAUCACAGAAUGGAAUGGGAAAAUGGAAAAGGAACUUAGAGACUUAGAGCAAUGGAAAACUCUGGUAGUUUCCCGUGUAGAAUCUUUGGCCAGAGGAAACAAUGCAUUGAGAUUGGAUGUAGAGAAGAUUGAGAGAGAGCAAGCAAAUUUAGAGAGCAAAGAGCUUGGAGUUCUGUUGAUAAGUCUCUUUUUCGUGAUCUUAGCAACGAUUCGGUUGCUCUCAACGCGACUCUGGGCGUUUCUGGGGAUGUCUUUUACGGAUCAAGUGAGAUCGCUGUGGCCAGAUAGCGGUUGGAUCAUGAUACUGCUAAGCAGCAGCCUCGUGAUUUUCAUUACUUUGCUAACUUAGUUAGUGUAGGAGCUAGGCUUAGGGUUUCUUUUAACACUGCCUUGCUAUUCAAGUUUUGUAGUCCUAGGAUUAGGAAUAGAAAGGAAUUUUCAUUGAUACAUAAUUGGAAAAUCUGCCAAAAAAAGAUUAGCGAAAACCUGAUUUUCUUAGAAUUCAGAGUUUAACCAUGUAUUCAUCAACCUAAUAAAAAAAAAAC